AAAGGGGCAACUGCCCAGGGCCAAAACUUCCACUCAUUAGCCAGAGCCUGAACUUCCCAGAAGGAUCUUCCAGCUGCUGCAGCACACUUUGUGUCUUCAACCGCAGAGCAUGAAAAAUAUAUUCCAGAAAACACGAUGAAUUUCUUAAGUCUUAUUAGCUUCCUGAUUUUAGUCAGGCUUAAACAAUGUCAAGAAUCUACAAUUGCUGCUUUUGACCUUCUUGAAGAACUAAGGUUGUCCACAGCUCCAGAAAUAAGAACAGUUAAUGGUUCUACACCAAACUUAACUGCUUUUCGCACAAAUCCUGUGGUCCAUCUGAACAAAAAAACAAGUUUUUUCCCUGUAAAUGGAUUGCCCCGUGAAUAUUCUAUCACAGUCACAUUUAAAAUCCUGGCGGACAAACCAAAGAAAAUUGAAAAUAUCUGGCAAAUCACUGAUUCUGAUGAAAAACAAACACUUGGACUUUAUUUUGAUAAUUCAAAUUCUUUGAAUUUGUUCUACUCUUGGCCUGAAAAGACUGUAAUAAUAAAGGAAUUAGGCAACAUAGAAACAUUUUUUGAUGGAAAAUGGCACAAAUUGUCACUAAGUGUAAAAGAAGAUGAUUCUAAGCUCUUAUUAGACUGCAGCGAGGUCUCUGUGAAUCCCAUUGUUGAGCAAAGCCAAGAUUCAAAGAAAACAAUUGUUGCAUUGUUAAAAAGAAACACAGGCUCCAGCCCUUUGGUCGACAUCCAGCAACUUGAAAUACAUAGUGACCCAGAAAAAGCUUUAACGGACGAAUGCUGUGAGUUGAAUGAUAAAUGUGAAAGACCAGCAGAUUUAAGUGUUAAUUCAAUUCCUUCCCGGACUAAGCGCUCUCAUGGAUUGAUAGGCCCUCAGGGAUCCACAGGCCCAAAGGGACAGAAGGGACACACGGGGUCACAAGGAGAAUUUGGACCAACAGGAAUUAUGGGGAUACGGGGUGAUCCAGGUGCUUAUGGAUUAAUUGGAGACACAGGACCAAAAGGAGAAAGAGGAAUUAAAGGAGAAAAGGGAGAACGUGGAAUUUCUGGAGAACGGGGUGAUCGUGGUGACCCUGGCUUUAAAGGAUUACCGGGAGCAGAUGGUUUUAAGGGCAUUGCCGGCCCACCAGGAACCAGGGGGAUAGAAGGACCAAAAGGAGAGAAGGGGGAUGAAGGGGAUCCUGGCUUUGAAGGAAUCAUUGGGUUGCGAGGUGUAAAGGGUGAUGAAGGCUUUCCUGGAAGGCAAGGCCUCCCUGGCAGACAAGGACAAAAGGGUAUUCUUGGAGACCCAGGAGAGCCUGGACAGCCUGGCUUCAAAGGCAUGCCAGGCAUACCUGGACAAAAGGGGCGUCAAGGUUCCCAAGGUCCCCAGGGUAUUAUUGGAGACUCUGGCAUUUUUGGAAGGGAUGGAAUUGAUGGAGUUGAAGCCUACCAGGGACCUCAAGGAGGUGAAGGUAAUCCUGGGCUUUUGGGGCAAAAGGGUGAGAAAGGCCGCAUGGGAAUACAAGGAUCUGAGGGUCCUCAGGGAAGAUCUGGACCACUGGGUCCAAAGGGAGAAGCAGGAAAGCCAGGAAGACCAGGAUUUGUUGGUCCACCUGGAGCUGCUGGCCAUGUAGGACCUACUGGUGCCCCAGGACAAAAGGGUGUUGUAGGAGAACAAGGAAUCAGUGGCAAAACAGGUGGAAAGGGUGAAAAGGGAUCAAAGGGACCCAAAGGAAUCGUGGGAGAAACUGGCUUACGGGGUCCCGAAGGAGGACUUGGCAAAAGAGGGUCUCCAGGCGAACUCGGCGCUCGUGGUCCCCAAGGUGAACAAGGUGUCAGAGGAGAUCCUGGGAUUCCUGGAGAAAUUGGACCUUUAGGAUCUCGGGGUCCAACUUUUCCAGCUUCACGAGUAAUAGAAGUUUGCCAAAAAUUUGUUCUUGAACAAAUGUCAUCGUAUGCACAGGCAGUGAGGCGACAGUGUGCUAGUACCUGCCCGUUAUUCGGUGAAGUACCUAUGGGUAUGCCAGGACCUGUCGGCUUGCCUGGGCCACCAGGGAAAACAGGUGAACCUGGACUGAAAGGACUUGAUGGAGAAACUGGACCAGAAGGAUAUUAUGGGGAAGCAGGUGACCCUGGUGUACAAGGAGAAAAAGGUGAUUCUGGAGAACAAGGAGACAAAGGCCCAAACGGUUAUGGGCGCCUUGGAUUGCCAGGGGAUCCUGGACCAAGAGGUGAUCGUGGGCAACCUGGCAAGGCAUUUGAUGGAUUACCUGGCUCAAUGGGCCCUCGUGGACAUAGGGGACAACCUGGCCUGAGAGGCUUCUCUGGUUUAAGGGGGCCACCAGGGCAAUGCCUUACCGGGAACUGUGCAAAUCUACAACCUGCCACAGGAUCGGGUGCCUAGGGAAUUGUUUGGACUAAUACUGCUCUUGAUGCAGAGAGAAUACUUUAAUGGGCAAAGAUUCAAAUGUUCACUUUUAUAAAGAAAAUGGUAUAUGAAGGUACAAAAUAAAUGAUUUUUCAGUAAAAAUUA